AUGAAUCAAGCUCGCGACAUGCUCCCUAACCCUUUAAAACCAUCGGAAGCCGUCAUCCAGCACAGUAGUACGCAUCGGAACCUCGAAAGCAGCCCAAAAGAAAAAAACAAGCCACCCUCACACCGCUCCCCCUUGCGCAGCGCUUACCCUUCACCCAUCCGCAACCCCCGAUUUUUCUCGGUAUCAACUCCCUUGACUUAG